AUGGCUGCCAUAACAAAAGCAGGCUGGAAUCUUCUGCUGUUGCUUCCCAAACUAGACCAUGGUACCAACUCCAAGUUCGUCAAAAAGUCGUCGUUCAACUUUGCCAGGGCAAGAACUACUUGGUUGCAGUCACACCUGAAACCUGCUUUGACGAGUGUCAACGGGCAGAGUGGUCUUCUCACAACUGCCUUGUGCCCCUGGGCCAUUAGUUCAUGGGCUGCAAUUUUUAAGGAUGAGCUGUUGUAUCGAGAAGAUUUUGCAGAGUUCUGCAGUGUUGAAAGGCGGAUCCCGUCCGGGCUCUGCGCGAUAGAAUUGCUCGCUGUGAGGGCGAGGUCCCCGCCGGCUCCAUUUUGCGCCUUCUCGUCACGUGGGCGGUGCGAAGGAAAAGCCGCCGCCGCCCUGGCCCGUCUGUCUGCAGCACGGCUGCCCAGGAGCGGCCAAGGGAACCGAGUUCCUUGCGAGCCCUGCCAAGACAGCAGCGCCCUGGUCGCCAAUUCCAGCCGCGCGUUCCCGGCCACGCGGCCGCUCCCGGCACUGGUGUCGGCCGCGUGGUUCCUCGCCGUGCCGGACGGGCCCGCAGCACGGCCCUGCAGGCUCCACCAGGAAAGGAAAGGGAGCGGCGCCACUCCUCGGAGAGCGCAGAGAUCGAGAGCUUCUCGCGGACCUAAACGACAGGACCGUACGUCAAGGAAAGAUGCUAAAACCUGCAAGAAAGGAUUUACGCGUACUAGACGACAGCAAAGGAGAGGAGGUGAAGAAGGUGGUGAUGUAGCCUCCGUAGGAAGAAAAUCUGGAGGAAUUCAUCUCAAGAAUCUGAAUGUAGAUGAUGGACAAAACCUGAAGGAAAGAAAGAAGAAAAGAGUUCCAGUGGAUGUGAUAUUACAAGGUGAUGAGAGAAAUAUUCCCAAAUGGAUAACGGUACCAACUCCAAGUUCGUCAAAAAGUCGUCGUUCAACUUUGCCAGGGUUGCAGUCACACCUGAAACCUGCUUUGACGAGUGUCAACGGGCAGAGUGGUCUUCUCACAACUGCCUUGUGCCCCUGGGCCAUUAGUUCAUGGGCUGCAAUUUUUAAGGAUGAGCUGUUGUAUCGAGAAGAUUUUGCAGAGUUCUGCAGUGUUGAAAGGCGGAUCCCGUCCGGGCUCUGCGCGAUAGAAUUGCUCGCUGUGAGGGCGAGGUCCCCGCCGGCUCCAUUUUGCGCCUUCUCGUCACGUGGGCGGUGCGAAGGAAAAGCCGCCGCCGCCCUGGCCCGUCUGUCUGCAGCACGGCUGCCCAGGAGCGGCCAAGGGAACCGAGUUCCUUGCGAGCCCUGCCAAGACAGCAGCGCCCUGGUCGCCAAUUCCAGCCGCGCGUUCCCGGCCACGCGGCCGCUCCCGGCACUGGUGUCGGCCGCGUGGUUCCUCGCCGUGCCGGACGGGCCCGCAGCACGGCCCUGCAGGCUCCACCAGGAAAGGAAAGGGAGCGGCGCCACUCCUCGGAGAGCGCAGAGAUCGAGAGCUUCUCGCGGACCUAAACGACAGGACCGUACGUCAAGGAAAGAUGCUAAAACCUGCAAGAAAGGAUUUACGCGUACUAGACGACAGCAAAGGAGAGGAGGUGAAGAAGGUGGUGAUGUAGCCUCCGUAGGAAGAAAAUCUGGAGGAAUUCAUCUCAAGAAUCUGAAUGUAGAUGAUGGACAAAACCUGAAGGAAAGAAAGAAGAAAAGAGUUCCAGUGGAUGUGAUAUUACAAGGUGAUGAGAGAAAUAUUCCCAAAUGGAUAACGAUACCAACUCCAAGUUCGUCAAAAAGUCGUCGUUCAACUUUGCCAGGGCAAGAACUACUUGGCAAUCGAGCUGGUGUUUGCAGAAAGAAGCUAGAGUUUUCAAAUGAAUGUUCUUCAUCCAAAUAUCCACAGUUACAACAUUCUGCUGUUCCCCUUCCAUCAAAUACAGUAGCCUCACCCAGGCAUCGACCUUGUCCGGAAGUGAACAUGACUUCAUGUGAUAGUAUCCUUGGAGGAUACCAGUCUGCAGAUGAGGGAUGCUCCUUCAGCAGUACAGAUCUUUCAGCCUUAUAUCCAGCAAUGGUAGCGAUACUUGCAGAGCUUAUGACAAAGCAUUCUCAGAGAAAAGUGUUGAAGUACAUGUUUGGACACUUAAGGUCCAAGAGACGGCAUUCUAGAAGACCAAAGCUCAAUGUUACUGUAGACAAAAUGAGAGAGUCCGGGUCUUGUAAACGGAAACCAAAGAAGGCAUCCCACAGCAUGUGUAGCCGUAGAAGUGAAGACAACCAAAAUCCAACUUUCGGAAAUGAGAGAAGAGAAUUCUCUUCUGACAGUUGUCCCAUUAGUAAUUCAUCUGCUCUGGGGUCUUAUGCUUGUGCUGAUACAAAUGAAACCAAAAUGCACUACUCUGACUCAAGUUUAGAACAACAUUUGGCAUCUGGAAAAAGUCAAGAAGUCUGCAAACAUACUGCUUUUCCUGAUGUUAUGGAUAGAAUGGAAGAGACAUUUCUAGUUGAAGAUAAAUUACAGACUAUUGCCUCACCAAAGAAUUCAGAAUACAUAGAAGGUGAAAAAUUUACUUACAAACUUUUCUCAGAACCCAGUUUUAGAACAUCUGCUGCCAGUUCAGAUUCAAGAGCGUUUCAUCUUGUAAAAGAGAGUAAGACUCAGAAAGCAGACUUUUGUGUUGGUACCUCGGAGUUGUGUUCAUGUGCUUGCAGUUCCCAUGGCAAUAGAGACAAUUCUGUAUCUACCAUAAAUUUUUCUCCUGCAAGAUCAACAAAUACUUCGUUCAUAUGGCCUCAAAAAAUAACUUCUUCCCAGCACAAAGAGUCAUUUUCCUCCUGGAAGCAGAAUUCUUCAAAGAGGGACGAAGAAAUAGAUGCUGCAUUUGACAAACUCUACUACAGAGUGAUUUCUGGGGAAUACUUGAAGCCUUCGACAUCGACAAGACCUCUUUUAAACUCACAGAGCCAUGAAGAGAAAGGAACAUUAGUGAGGAGUAAUCUAAGUGAUUCUGAGAGGUCCCUUAAACAGCGUGAUACAGAAUUGGAGAAACUGUGUGGGAAGUCUGUUCCAAAAUUUCCUGGGCUUCAGAGAGCUUCAAAUUUCAGGAAAUAUGAAGAAAUACAGAUGCCUGAAACUGUAAAUGCUCUUGUUAAUUCUCCUGUUAGAACUUAUUCUUCAAUUUCCAGUGCUAAAAGAGCAGGAAAUUUUCAAAACCAUCCUCUUUGUUCACCAGUAAAGCGACUGAAAUUUAAACCGGAAUAUUGUUCUUCUUCAAGCAAAUGUCAGGAGAUUUCCCGCAGCAAAGAGGGUAAUCUUCAGACAAGUGGCAUGGAUUUUUUGAGCACAUACAACUGUAGCCAGCCCAGCGUUUUUGCUGAUCGCAACUUUCAUUGUCAGGGCUUUGGAUCUCAUGAUUCUUCACAACAAAGUUCUCUUGGUAUCUCUGGCACUUCCCUGCAAGAAUCUGGGACUGCAGGUGCACACUCUGGUUGGCCUGGGGCUAUGGAGAAUCGCAGCUCUCUCAGAAGUGGGAGCGAGCGUCACUCAAGAGGAAACUAAGGCAGGGAAGAGAGGAACGACUUGCACUCAAGGAGACAAUGCAGAAAUAGAGUUCUGGUUCCAGUUCCCGUGUUC